AUGGCAGCUCCCGUAAUGAUCAAAGACAGCCCGCUUGCACCGGUGCCGGCGGAGGAUCCCCUGACCAAAGAUCAAUGGCGUACCCUUUUGGCCAUCGCGGACGCGGUUGUGCCCACCGUCGUGGAGAAGCGCAAGGGCAAGGAGUCCUUUAGCGCCGUCGCGCUCGAGUCCAAAGAGUACGCGGCUGUCGUUGCAGAGCUCGAACAGCAUACGCAGGACGCCGAUCUGGCAGUAAAGUAUCUUAAGGAGCGUCCCAGUCAGAAUCCUGUCUUCAAGGAGAGCCUCUGGCGUCUCUUCGGUGAGAAUACGCCGAAAGACCUUGUCAAGUUGAUGGCCCUGGUGCUCAAUUUGCUGAAUUAUCGUGCAUCCUCGCUCCUCCUGACUGGCUAUCCGUCCGCAUUUGCCGAUCAACCAGUUGCCGUACGAGAAGCCAUUCUGCUGUCAUGGUCUCAGGCGUACAUACCAAUCUACCGACAGCUGUACAAGCAACUCACAGCCCUCGUAAAACAAACCUGGAUCAGAACUUCGCCCACCGUAUACUCUGUUCUGAAGUUCCCGAGAGUCCCAGUUCACGGAAAACCGACUCCAGGCUUCGAGUAUGACUUUAUCCAAAUACCACCUGGAAGCGACGCAGAGGUCAUCGAGACUGAUGUCGUCGUGGUUGGAUCUGGAUGUGGCAGUGGCCCGAUUGCGAAGAACCUGGCUGAAGCUGGAAAUCGCGUACUCGUUGUAGACAAGGCCUACCACUGGCCGACCGAUCAUCUUCCCAUGACAGAAGACUCCGGCUGGGGCCACCUCUUCAUGAACGGAGGUGCCCUCUUCACAGAUGACUCGUCUGUCGCAAUUGUCGCCGGGGCUACAUGGGGUGGCGGUGGAACUGUUAAUUGGUCCGCCAGUCUUCAGACGCAAGGCUUUGUCCGUCGCGAGUGGGCCGAGCAAGACGGGCUUCGAUUCUUUACCAGUUCCGAGUUCCAGGACUGCCUCGACACCAUCUGUAAAAGAAUGGGUGUUUCCUCGGCGGCCAUCACGCACAACAAGGCCAACGACAUCCUUCUCGAAGGCUCACGACGCUUAGGCUGGGCCGCAAAGCCUGUCCCACAGAACACAGGCGGCAAACAGCACUACUGCGGCUACUGCACUUUUGGUUGCGCCAGCUGCGAAAAGCAAGGGCCUAUCGUGUCAUGGCUACCCGACGCAGCCCGAGCAGGCGCCAAAUUCAUGGAAGGCUUCGACGUCCAAAAGGUCCUCUUCGAGGAGCGCGGCGGCAGGAAGAUUGCCACCGGAGUCGAGGGCAUCUGGAGCUCUCGCGACGAACAUGGCAGCCCCACAGGCAAACCGCUCACCAGACGCAAGGUCGUCGUCAAGGCGAAGCGCGUCGUCAUCUCCGCAGGAACGAUGCAGUCGCCACUCAUCCUGAUGCGCUCCGGUCUCAAGAACAAGUGGAUCGGACGCAACCUGCGUCUGCACCCCGUCACCUUCGUGGGCGGCGUGUACGAGGAGGAGAUACGCCCUUGGGAAGGCGGCAUUCUCACCGCCGUGGUCAACGAGUUCGAGAACCUCGACGGCAAGGGCCACGGCGCAAAGGUCGAGGCCGCCGUCGGCAUGCCCACCGCACUGCUCUCCUUCUCAACGUGGACCGGCGGCGUGAACUACAAACUCUUCGCCCCGCGCUUGCGGCACAUGGUCGCUCAUUUCUCCAUGGCCCGCGACGAGGGCAGCGGCUACGUGUAUCCAGACCGCGCCGACGGUCGGCCGAGAGUGGUGUUCACGCCCAGCAAGGCGGACCGCAAGCACAUCAUCGAAGGCCUCGUCGCCGCGGCCAAGAUCAACUACAUCAUGGGCGCCAAGGAGCUGUUCACCACCGUGCCAGGCGUGCCCAGCUUCAAGCGUAGCGACGCGAAAGCCUCGUCCGACAACACCAACGACAUGAAUGACCCUGCCUUCAACGCUUGGCUUGAUAUUGUUCGAAAGCGCGGCGUGCCCGAUCCGGACACCGUGUUUGUGAGUGCACACCAGAUGGGCACGUGCAAAAUGUCGAACAGUCCAUCAAAGGGCGUGGUCGAUCCUAAGGGACGAGUCUGGGAGGUUGACGAGGGGCUGUAUGUGGCAGAUGCCAGUGUGUUCCCAAGUGCUAGUGGCGUCAACCCCAUGGUCACCAACAUGGGCAUCAGCGAGUGGAUCUCUAGGAAUUUAGUGAAGGGUCUUAAGGCAAACGACUCUGUCCAAGCUGUUCUGUAG